AUGCACCCCCAACUGCCCCCCCAGGGGGGCCCCCAGCCAGCCGUUGCUGCUGCUGCUGCUGCUGCUGCUGGCCCCCACGCACAAGAGCCCCAGCCUUCCCAGAACGCAACAGAGCCCUCGAAGCAGGGGGCCCCCAGCCCCCAGGGGCCCCCCAAUCCCCAGGGGGCCCCCACCCAAGAGGGGGCCCCCACCCAAGAGGGGGCCCCCACCCAAGAGGGGGCCCCCAACCCGCAGGGGGCCCCCAACCCGCAGGGGGCCCCCAACCCCGAGGGGGCCCCCAGCCCUCAUGGGGCCCCCAACCCUCAGGGGGCCCCCAACCCUGAGGGGGCCCCCAACCCUGAGGGGGCCCCCUCUGAGGAUGCUGCUGCAGCAGAAGAGGCGGAGUGGUAUGUUAUACUUCCUCAAGAUGCGAUGAAGGUGCUGCAGCAGGAGCAGGAGCGGCAGCUGCAGCUGCAGCAGCAGCAGCAGCAGCAGCAGCAGCAAGAGCAGCAGCAAGAGCAGCAGCAAGAGAAGCCGACGGACCAGCAGCCAGAGCAGCAGCAGCAGCAGGAAGAGCAGCAGCAGAAGCAGCAGCAGCAGCAGCAGCAGCAAGAAGACAGCUGCAGCAGCACCGACCGCAAACGUGCAGCCUCUGAGGGAGAGGCAACAGGUUCGCCGCAGCCCAGCAGCAACGGGAGCAGCAGCAGCAGCAGCAGCAGCAGCAGCAGCAGCAGCAGCGACGGGAGCAGCAGCGAGGGCCUCCCCGGCGAGCCCGGCGGGAGCAGCAGCAGCGCCACCAACAGCAGCAGCGCGCCCGCCACCAACGCCAGCAGCAGCACCACCACCACCACCACCAACAGCAGCAGCAGCAGCAGCAGCAGCAGCAGCAGCAGCAGCAGCAGCAGCAGCAGCAGCAGCAGCAGCAGCACGGAGGGCUGUGGGGAGGGGAGCUGCGUGGUGGGGCCGCUGACUCUGUCGAACUUGGGAGUUUAUUUUGUUUGGAAUUUAAUUGACGGCCUGACUUUCGUGCUGCGGCGCGGAGAUGACCAGUGGUCCACUAUAUGUGACCACCCAGUGGUUGCUGCUGCGCUGCGGGGCUGGCAGCAGCAGCAGCAGCAGCAGGAGGAGGAAGCUGCUGCGCUGGCGGCCAGGGCGGAGCUUGCUGCGGAGGCGGAAGCUGCUGCUGCGUUUGCUGCUGCUGCUGCUGCUGCAGUCCCCGGCAAGAAGCGGCGCGCGGCCACCGAGAAGGCAGCAGCACUUGCUGUUGCUGGAGCAGCAGCAGCAGCAGCAGCAGCAAGAGUUCCUUUUGCCCAAGUUGAUGCAGCACUUAAGUACUGCGGGCCUGAUGGCCAGUGGAUGGUCUUCGACACUGUCGACAAAGUCUGGAGAAGCAAACGCGACUACGAGUUUGUGCUGGCGACAGCAGGAGAAGGCAGCAGCAGCGGGCAGCCUUCAGAAGACGCGCUGCUGCUUGCUGCUGUUGCUGCUGCAGUGAAGGCCCCCAAGUCCGGCGCAGCAGCAGGCCCCGAGGCCGCCGGCGGCCCUGCAGCAGCAGCAGCAGCAGCAGCAGCAGCAGCAGCAGGAGGGGGCCCCCCGGGGCCGCCAGGCGGGUCCCCGGAGUCCCCGGGGACCCCCGGAGGGCCCCCUGCUGCUGCUGCAGCAGCAGCAGCAGCAGCAGCAGCAGCAGAGGGCCUGAGCGCGGAGGAAAAGGAGCUGCAGCAGCGGAAACUGGAGAACGCGGAGAAGAGAAGAGCUUACAGAGAAAGACAAAAAAGAAAAAGAGAAAAAGGAGAAUUUAUUUCUCCCAAAAAGAAUCCAAACAUUUAUGUUUCGGGGCUGCCUUUGGACUUUUCGCAGCAGCAAAUUGCGCAGCUCUUCAGGAAAGCGGGGGUCUUCAAAGUGGACCCCGAGACGC